ACAUUAACUUCUGCAAAUUACUCAACAUCACUAUCCUUUUGAAAAUUAAGAAAAAGUCUUUCCACACUCUCUUAGAUAAUCUUUCCAGUUUCCACCCAAAUCUCAAAUUUAAAAUUUCUCAUUGAGAUAUUGUAAAACAAGAUGAUUCAUGCAGAUAUAGUCAUGACGGGAAACUAAACUGAACUCGCCUUUAUUACUCUGCAUCAUCACUAUUCAUCCUUCUCCAAUCGAAUUUUCAUAAACCCUACUUUACUCUAUAAAUGGGUUGGAACCUCUUCUUCUGGCUUGUGAUUUGUUUCCCCACAAAUAUUGCUCUUCUCGCUUCAAAUUUCUACCAGGUUUUGAUUUUAUCUGACUUGGAAGCUGAUUAUAUCAACCCAUUUGAUGCUUCAUCUCGGAUUAACUACUUCAUUCUUCCUGAGUUUAUUGGGCAAGGAGUUUUGUGUGCACUCUGUCUCUUCACUGGCCACUGGCUCAUGUUUUUUCUCAAUCUUCCUCUUACUUGCUAUCAUGCCAUGCUGUAUGUGAAAAGAGAGCAUCUUAUUGAUGUUACUGAAGUGUUUAGAGUACUCAAUGCCGAGAAGAAAUUACGGAUAGCAAAGCUUGCUUUGUACUUAAUAGUCCUCAUUCUCACCAUCUUCAGGCUUACAUUGAUUGGUGUCUCCUAUUUAGGCCUUGAACACGAUGAUGACUUGGCAUAUCUUUGGUAAAUUGUGAUUUGAUCUGUACCAUUAUUAGGUUUAGAACUUAGAAUUCAGCUGCUCUCAGAAAAUAGAAAUUCUUAGGCACUCAUUUGAAUGAGGUUGAUUACCCAUGUGUUAAGGGUAUGUUUGUUGUUAAAAUGUAUUAUGAAAUAUUGAUGUUAAAAGUUGAUUUUGUAUUGGCUGUUAAUGAUAAUACUUUAUAAGUAUGACUGUAUUCUAGGGUUGCCUUUUUAAAGACUAAAUAUUUGAUGUUUGCAUAUCAUAUACCUUUUAAGGAGGGAAACAUGGAAGCAUGCUUGCAGAUUGUUGGCUAGAUAUGCUCAUUCUUUUGGUUUUAGGAUUUCGUAUAUUUUAACUUAGAAUGUUUCGAUGAGAUAAUUAGGGUUGUUUAUGGUAUGGUUUAAUGAGAAAAUCAAACCGAAUUAAAUCGAACCAAACCACAGUAAAAAUUUAUUCAAACUGAACCGAAUCGUUAGGAGUGUUCGCGGGCUGAUUUGGUUCGGUUUUGAGAGAAUUCGAUAUCACAACCGAUUGAAAUUAAA